UUCAUACGUCCGAAAGCGUCUUUGGCCUCCCGGAGCGUCAUGACGUCACCCAGCGUCGACAUGGAGGAGUGCGGCAUCUGUUACCUUGACUACGACCUGGAGAGAAAGCCGCGCCCAUUGGCCGCCUGUCGCCACGUGAUCUGCUCCGGUUGCCUUAAGCACCUGGCGGCUAAAGGCGGCGAAGUGACCUGCCCCUUCUGCCGCGCGCCUUCCCCGCUGCCUAGCGACGACGAGGAGGAGGAGGCGGGGAACGGUGACGUCACGGGGCCGUUCAAGUGGUUGAAGAGAAUGUACAGAAAAUCCAGGGCGGGGUCUCGCCGUAGAGGUUCUCUUCCCAAGGAGGACCUGCGGGACAUGGCGUUGAUGUGCUCCUACUUCAUGUGACCUCUCGUGGGGGACUUCUGCUCAACGCCUGGAUUUGGGGGGGGGGGGGGCGCCCCCGGCUUGUGGUGGACGCCCGGAGGAUUUGGAACCCUCUUGAAGACGCGUCGUCCCUUGGAUGCGCCCUAGGGGUCAGAAAUGGCGGCUCUGGCGCACCUCCUAAGUCCCCCGGCCCCUGCGGAGCGUAUGGCGGGAGAAGGCUGGCGCGUUUUGGACUGCCCCUCCUGUGAACCCCCUCGCUCUGGAUUAUGGAGGUGUCCUGAGUGGGCGACCCCCUCCCCCCACUUUCUUCUGAGACUUACUGAACUGAGGAGUUGCUGCGGAGGCACGAGCCACAACAUGCCUCAUUUCUGAAGCUCCGUGGACUUGGCGUGCUGCUGGUAGGAUUUCACCCGGUGACAUCACGCUUCCUGUGUCUGACUCAUCGCCGUUAAUGUAUGAUGUCACUCCUCCUCCCACGAUGCACUUUGGUUUUUGACUAUUUAUGUAUUUAUUGUAUGAGGUGCUAUAUUUUAUAAAUUUAUAUCCUGUA